AUGGUCGUGGGCCCCAAGUCGGCGAAGAGCCAAGCCCAGGAGGCUGAUGUCGCUGCCAAUGAAGCUCUUCUUCUGCAUGCAGAGGCUGCAAAACUCGCAAAAUCAUGGCUAAGCGGUGCCUUUGGUGGCGGCGGUGACGACAACCACAACGAUGAUAACAAAGCCGACGAGGACGAUGCCUUACAGAAAGAACAAGAACUGUUUGGCCCCACCGCGGUUCCGCACUCUGAGAAGUGGGUGACAUCUCCCUCUGACUCCAUCAUCCCGGAUGGCGGAGUAGGGUUCCAAGAAACACCGGCUACUAAUGCGACCACCUCGUCUCGCAAUUCCGAUCAAACUACUGCGUUCCUGCGCAAGCAAUUACUCCGCGGACACAACAAUUCUCAUGUCACGGCGAAACCCCGGCCGCGACCUGGACCGCAAGCCUUGUCUUCUAAGCGCAUUGAUAGCGAAGAUGAGGAAGAAGGUCGGUCAGGACUCGGUAAGGUCAGAAGCAAGGGCAAAGGUCAGACGGCGUCCUCCUCGGUGAACGAUGAGUCCGUGCACCCGAUGUCCGAGACUGCCACUCCAGCGGCAGAUGGGACGACUAGUCCUGCACUGACUGUGGCUUCGCCUAUUCCAUCUCGGACGGCUAAAAAGCGUGGUUCAAGUUAUCUGGACGAGGUGCUGGCAUCGAGGGCUGCUAAGAAAAAGAAAAAGAUAGCAAAACACCCCUAA